AUGGACAAGAAGCUUGUCUAUCUCUUCGGCUCUCAAGCCCUCUCCUUAGCUCACGACGACAUCGCAAGACUACGUGCCACAGUCAACAAGACUCCCAGCCUACAAUGGAUUGUACAAGCUGUAGCUGGAUUGCAUUACAUCGUCGACGAGUAUUCGAACAGCACGGCCAAGUCGAUACCGCCUAAGGUUUUGGCCGAUGUGCAACUCCUCCAGCGGUUCUUGACCUCCGACAUGCCUGCGUCUGACCUUCCAGCCACGAUCCCAAAUGUUAUACUCACUCCACUAGUGGUUAUAGGACAUUUGACAGAGUAUGCCCUUCUGAUCGACUCGACAUCGGUCUCCAAUACGUCUGCACGCGAAGCCCUUGGUCUUUGCACCGGAAUGCUUAGUGCUUUUACCGUCGCCGCAAGUGGAAACCAUACAGGUCUAGCCAGAUACGGAAAUGUGGCACUCAGACUUGCUGCACUUGUUGGUGCAGUCGUAGAUGCUGCCGAGGACCUCAGCGCUGCUGGACCUUCGAAGUCUUUUGCAGCAGCUUGGACCAAUGCCCUGACGCAACAAGAUAUUGCGCGAGUCAUGGCUGACUUGCCAGAUACAUACCUGUCAGUUACAUAUGACGAGUGCCGGGCUACUAUCACCACGUCGGUCGCCAGUGCAGUGGAAGUCCAAAAGAGAAUGCAGACUACGGGUGUGACCAUGACAGAGCUAGCUUUCCGAGGUCGAUUUCAUUGGUCUGGUCAUACCAAUUCGCUACAGUCUCUUCUGGCCUUCUGUCGGGAUCAAGCCAAGUUCCACUUCGCUGCCGUCGAUGAUCUCGACUCUCUCACUCGAUCUAACCAGCGAGAUUCUAUCGACACCUCGCAUCAGCUGCACGAAGUCGCGUUGCAAUCGUUGCUGACUCUACAGCCACAGUGGUCCGAAGUACUCACAGAAGUCACGGAGUCCAUGUUUCCCGACGAGGACUUCAUGAUGAUCAUGUUUGGUUCAGAGCGCUGUGUACCCCCGACUCUUACGCCGCGAGUAAGAAAGCAGUUGAUACAGGCUGCCGAACUGAUCGCUCAGGCAAAGGUUACCUCUCCUGCUCAAGGCCCUCAGAUUUCCGACAAAGAUGAUGAUAUCGCCAUCAUUGGCAUGUCCUGCAAGGUAUCGGGAGCUGAAGACCUGGAAGAGUUCUGGGAUCUUCUUUGCAAGGGAGAGUCCAGACAUCGCGAGGUUGCGAAUGAACGCUUUGACUUCGAGAGUUCCUUCCGUGCACAAGACUCAAAACGUAAAUGGUUUGGUAAUUUCAUCGAUGACUACGACAGCUUCGACCAUAAGUUUUUCAAGAAGAGCNCCCGCGAAGCCAGUUCAACUGAUCCUCAGCAAAGACAGUUGUUGCAAUCCGCAUACCAGGCAGUUCAACAGUCUGGAUACUUCCGGCAGCGGGAUCCUGAUACGAACGUCGGGUGUUACAUUGGCGUUUGUUCUGUGGACUAUGAGAACAACAUCGCUUGCCACCAGCCAAAUGCAUAUUCUUCCAUCGGCAAUCUGAGAGGCUUCAUCGCAGGGAAAGUCAGUCAUUACUUUGGCUGGACCGGACCUGGGUUAACAAUCGACACGGCUUGUUCAUCCUCGGCGGUAGCCAUCCAUCAAGCCUGUCAAGCGAUCCUUAUGGGCGAAUGUAAUGUGGCGCUCGCCGGUGGUACACACGUUAUGACUAGUCCUUUGUGGUUCCAAAAUCUCGCGGGCGCCUCGUUCCUCAGUCCCACCGGAUCUUGUAAGCCGUUUGAUGCUGCUGCAGAUGGUUAUUGUCGAGGCGAAGGUGUCGCUACCGUUAUGCUCAAGCGACUAUUCAACGCAAUCGCUGACGGAGAUACUGUUUUCGCCACGAUCGCCAGCACCGCCGUCCAGCAGAACGAAAAUUGCACGCCAAUCUUCGUCCCUAACUCUCCAUCUCUUUCGGAUCUGUUCCGCAAGGUCACAAGUCGAGCUCGACUCCAGCCAGAGCAAAUCACAGUUGUAGAGGCACAUGGGACUGGAACUCCUGUGGGCGAUCCUGUCGAGUACAACAGCGUCCGUGAAGUGCUCGGAGGUAGCAGAAGAACUUCGAAUAUUGCACUAAGCUCAGUCAAGGGACUAAUUGGUCACCUUGAAUGCACUUCUGGUGUCGUCUCCCUCAUCAAGAUUGUUAUGAUGAUGCUCAAGGGCUCCAUUCCUCCCCAAGCCAGCUUUAACAACAUGAAUCCAGCCAUCAAAACUCUGCCAUCUGACCAUAUACAAAUUCCCACCGCCGUUCUGCCCUGGCGAUCUAUGGUCAAGGCGGCCCUCAUCAACAACUAUGGAGCAUCUGGAUCCAACGCUUCAAUCGUUGUCAAAGAGUCAAGUGUCACGCAAUCUCAGAGAAUGAACAACUUGCCACAUCGUCAUCCUUUCUGCUUCUCGGCCUUCGAUCGCGUCAGUCUUUCGAGAUACAUUCGGCGUAUUCGCUUGUUACUUGACCGUCAGAAGCUUGAGGUCUCCAACAGUAUUCUAGAAGACAUCUCGUUCAACCUCCUUCGCGAACACAAUCCAAGUUUGUCUGAGCGCCUCGUUCUAACAGCAAGCUCGAUCAAUGAUCUUGACCGUCAACUUCAGAACUACGAGUACAAGUCUCCGAGCAGCGAACCUGUUGUUAGGACAAAGAGACCUGUAAUCCUCUGCUUUGGCGGGCAGAGUUCUACCUUCGUUGGGUUGGAUGAGAACUUAUAUCAACGAAGCAGCUUGCUGCGAGAGCACCUUCGCGUCUGUAACUCCGCUUGUAUCUCUCUGGGUGUGGGCACCAUAUUUCCUCAUAUCUUCCAGCGCAGCAGCAUUGGAGACCUGGCUAUGUUACAUUGCCUUCUUUUCUCACUCCAGUACUCUUGUGUUCAGUCUUGGAUUGACAGUGGAGUUGUUCCCACGGCUAUGGUUGGACAUAGCUUUGGUGAGCUCACCGCACUCUGCGCAUCUGGCUCACUCAGUCUCGAACAUUGCCUGAAAGCUGUCAUAGGCCGUGCGAGGGUCAUUGAAAGCUCAUGGGGAUCGGACACGGGUGCCAUGAUGGCGAUUGAGGGUGAUCUCAGUCAGGUUGAAGAGCUUUUGCACGCAAGCAAUAUAACUGGUGACCCAGACCAUCCGGCCACGAUUGCUUGCUUUAACGGUCUUCGCCAGUUUACUGUGGCUGGUUCCCAAAAGGCCAUUGAUUGCAUCUCAAAAAUGCUAGUUACCUCUCCAAAGUUCAGCGGCCUGCGCACGAAGCUGUUGAAUGUCACACACGCUUACCACAGUGUACUUGCUUCGCCGCUCAUGGAUGCAGUAGAACAAGGAGCUGAAGGAGUCGACUUCAAGAGCCCACGCAUACCCUUCGAAAGAACAACAGAAAGCUGUUCAAGCUCAACUCUGACUCCACGUUUCUUUGCCGACCACAUGAGAAACCCUGUCUACUUCACUCACGCCGUUCAACGCCUGGCACAUGAACAUCCCGAUGCUGUUUGGCUCGAAGCUGGUUCAUCUUCCUCAGUUACGAUUCUCGCAAAGCGUUCCUUAUCAGACACGACUGGGCACACUUUCCUCGAUUUGAACAUCACGAGUGACAAGGCUUUGGACAAUCUUGCCGAAACGACUGCUUCGCUUUGGCGAGCUGGAGUCUCAGCAAGUUUCUGGCUGCAUCAUUCUUCGCAAUCACGCGACUACGCCACGCUCAUACUUCCACCAUACCAGUUUGAGAAGUCACGUCACUGGAUGGAGUUGAAGAACGCAAAGACUUUGCUACCGGGCGACACUCCCAAGCAACCAGUUUCGCAGCAAUUACCAGACACACUACUAGCCCUAGUAAAGUUGGAGAAGCAAGGCUUGGUUGCACGCUUCAAGAUCAACACAAGUAUAGCAGCGUACGAAAAGCUUCUCUCUGGCCACAAAAUUGCUCACACGGCACCGAUCUGCCCGGCUACUGCACAGCUCGACUUUGCAAUCGAGUCAGUGAGGACUUUGGUUCCCGAAGUGCCAGCUGCACACUUUGUCCCCGAGCUUCAGAAUGUUCAGAACCUUUCUCCCAUUUGCCGAGACAGUUCUCGGUCGUUGUGGCUCGAUGUUGAGGGCCGGCCCGACAAGACAUGCUGGACCUUCAAAAUCACCAGUACAGGCAAUGGUCCGUCCGAAACCGUUAUCCACACGACUGGUGCGGUGUGUGUUCUUGGUGCUGAUGUCAGUGCCACCAAGCUGGAUUUCUCAAGAUAUGAAAGAUUGAAGCUGCACCAAAGAUGCCUUAGCAUUCUGAAUGACUCAAAUUCGGACGAAGUCAUCCAGGGACGGAACGUAUAUAGAGCAUUUUCUGAUGUGGUUGAUUAUGGGCCGCAAUACCGAGGUCUUCAGAAACUGGUCGGUCAUCGAGGGGAAUCUGCUGGCAGAGUUUGCCACGCUUAUGACUCCAAGACAUGGCUGGAUCCUCUCCUCUCGGAUGUCUUCUGCCAAGUGGCUGGAAUCUACGUCAAUUGCAUGUCUGAUCGAGGCCCAGAGGACAUGUACCUUGCCUGCGAGAUUGAGAACUGGAUCCGUUCGCCUGAGCUUCAGUCAGACACACCCCGACCAGAGUCUUACAACGUUCUAGCAACGCAUCACAAAGUCUCGUCUGACUCAAUCACCUCCGACGUCUUUGUCUUCAAUGGCACUACAGGCAGCCUUCUCGAAGUCAUCCUCGGGAUCAAAUACAGAAGCGUCAAGAAGGUCUCUAUGCAGCGCAUUCUCACCAGAAUGACCCCAGAGCUCGGCCUGGUUGGGAAGUCAGAGCCUGUGGCACAAAUCCUACCGCAACGUCCAAAGCUCCUCAAGACUCCGAAGCCUUCAAGUCAGGAGCGUAACGUAUUAGACCAGAUCAAAACGGUUCUGUCUUCUUUCCUUGGUCUCAGAGAUAGUGAUAUUCUCGAGAAUAGCGACUUAGCCGACCUUGGAGUUGACUCUCUGAUGGCUAUGGAGAUGAUUUCCGAGCUUGGAAGGACGUUGAAUUGCAAUCUUCCAUUGGAUCAAGUCGCCAAUGUCACCACUGUCGCUGGUCUGGUCAAGUGCGCGACUGCAUCAUUGCGGGAAGAAGACUAUGGCAAAGAGUUGGAUCAGUCAGUCAUGUCAGAGUCAGACACUUCUUCUGAUACAGACAGGUCAAGCUCUCUACCCCACACCGCUGCAACCACGCCUGAAGAAGCACAAAUUGACAGCACGACCCACCUUGCACAGUUUCUAGGGCUAGGCGAGGAAACAAUCAAGCCAACCACCGUCCUUCGCGACUUGGGUGUAGAUUCUUUGCUUGCAAUAGAGUUACGAGCUGAUCUCGCUUCAGUAUAUGAUACUCAUCUCUCCAUGGAUUUUUGUCUAGAGGACAUGACUAUCAAUGAGCUGAAUAUAGCACUCGGUGGUCCUGCCUGGUCUUCACAAAGGUCGCUCACAGUCGCUCCAAACAAAGAAUCCACGUCCAAUUCCCUCGCCCCCUCGAGGAUAAUUGCCCCAUUGAUGGAGGUUCCGAUAGAGNAUGUUUCAUUGAAUCUGCCAGCCAAGCUUGUGCAAGAGGCAUUUGCGCAGAUCAAGAAAGAGACCGAUGAUCAAUUCGUUACCUUUGGCUGUCAAGAUUACAGCACAAGCGUCCUACCACUGAAGAUGGAGCUUUGCAUUGCACUCAUUGUAGAAGCUCUGGACAAGCUCGGUUGCCAUAUUCUUACGACUUCAGAGGGCACUUCACUGCCUUGGGUCGAAUGUCGUGAAGAACAGAAACAUCUGCGAGAUUACCUAUAUCACGCGCUUGCCAAGCACGCUGGUCUUACUACUAUUGACAAUGAGAUGGUGGUUCGUACUGCUCGGAUGCCUGAUCCAGAAAGCAGCCAGCAAGUAUUGGCCCGAGCAUCGAAGAUCUCGCCGGGCGAGAAGGGUGCCUUUGACUUGAUUUUCCAUGCCGGCUCGAACCUCGCAGCCAUCCUCUCUGGCAAGACGGAUGGUAUCAAACUCAUCUUUGGCAACGCCAAGGGCAGAGAGUUGGUAUCAUCAUUAUAUGGCGAGUGGCCUAUCAACCGUCUCAUGUACCGCCAGAUCGAAAACUUCUUCUCGAAGCUGUCGGAGAAGAUAUCUCCCGUUGAUGGCACUCUUCGUAUCCUAGAGAUGGGAGCUGGAACGGGCGGUACCAGUCAAUGGCUUAUUCCUCUGUUGGCGACUCUGCCAAUGCAUGUGGAAUACACCUUCACCGAUCUUGCGCCAUCCUUCGUGGCUGCAGCUCGAAAGCGUUUCAGCCAGUACGACUUUGUCAAAUACCGAACCCACGACAUUGAGAAGGGUGCACCCGAAGACCUGCGUGGCAGUCAGCAUAUUGUAAUCGCAAGUAAUGCUAUCCAUGCGACGCAUAACAUCACGCAAUCUGCGUCUCGUGUCAAAGAGUUCUUACGCCCAGACGGAUUGUUGAUGAUGGUUGAGAUGACUACGCCAUUGCUUUGGGUGGACAUCAUCUUCGGCCUCUUCGAGGGCUGGUGGUUCUUUGACGAUGGACGUUCGCACGCCGUCGCAAACCAAGCUGACUGGAAGCGUCAUCUUCUCGCAGCCGGAUUCAGCUCUGUGGACUGGACCGAUGGUCAGCGACCCGAAAACAAGAUUGAAAGGCUCAUCGUUGCUACUGUUUCGCCUUGUUUCGAGACUCCUGCAGAUGCAUCAGUCUUUGACGAACCACUGCAAGAGAAUGCGACGUCGUUAGAGGCAAGAGCGGCAACAGUGGAUCGCUACGUACACCGCAUGGCGAACAGAUUUCAUCAUCCGUCCCCAAGCCAAGCACAGGCACAGGCAGGCAAGAGGCCAUCAGGGACAUGUGUCUUGAUCACUGGUGCUUCAGGGAGUCUUGGUGCACAUCUCGUAUCCAACCUGGUCGAGAGAGACGACAUCAGAUCAGUCAUCUGCUUAAAUCGUCCUCACAAGGGCGAUCCUCAAACACAUCAACUGAAAUCCUUGAUCUCUCGUGGUAUUCUCGUCUCCGCCAAAGGCCUUGCCAAACUACAAUCGUUCGAGGGCGACAUGACAAAGCCCAUGCUUGGACUACCCAAAGAAACUUACCAGUCUCUGCUCGACAACGUAACUUGCAUAGUCCACAAUGCGUGGACGAUGAGUGCUAAACGUCCGAUUGCCGGUUUCGAGCCACAGUUUGAGAUUAUGGGUAAUCUGCUGUCCAUGGCUAGCAACAUUGCGGCUCUGAGACCGCGCGACAUGAAGACGCGUUUCGUGUUUGUGUCGUCGAUUGCUGUGGUGGGACAUUAUCCAAUGUGGAAGGAUACUCCUCACGUACCGGAAGAACGAGUCACGAUUGACGCCGUCUUGCCCAAUGGCUAUGGCGAUGCCAAAUGGGCUUGCGAAUUGGCACUCGACCGCACUCUACACAAGUAUCCCAACAUCUUCGCCACCUCGAGCAUCCGCGUUGGCCAGAUCGCUGGCUCGCGCAAAAGCGGCUAUUGGAAUCCUAUGGAGCACACUUCGUUCCUCUGGAAGUCGUCGCAGAUGCUGAACGCCAUACCCGAUCUCCAAGGCCUGCUAUCCUGGACCCCGGUCGAUGAUGUCGCAGGCACGGUAGGCGAUUUGCUGAACAUCAACACAUCGCCUUACGCCAUCUACAACAUCGACAACCCCAUCCGUCAGCAAUGGGCCAAUAUGAUUCCUGUACUUGCAAACGCUCUGGGUAUCCCUCGUGCCAACAUCAUUCCUUUCGAUGAGUGGGUGGCCUUGGUGCGCACGUGUGAGGAAAGUGGGCAAAACAAUCUCAAUCCUGCGUCCAUGCUUGUCGACUUCCUGCAAGACAACUUUCUGCGUAUGUCUUGUGGUGGUUUGUUGCUGGAGACAAAAAACACGCAAGAGCAUUCCGAGACGUUGAGGAAUGUGCGGCCGGUGAGUGAAGAAGUUGCGCGACGGUUUGUGCAGGCGUGGAAGGACAUGCGGUUCUUGUCGUGA